AUGGACGUUUUCCACUCCGAAGCUUUUUCUUCUAGUAUCAAGGAAUUGAUGGAUGAGCAUCACGUACCUGGUUUCUCUAUUGCAAUUGUUCACAACGGCAAAGUUGCUUCUGCUGGUUAUGGAUAUGCAGAUGUCGAAUCAUCGAAACCAUGUACAGCGGAUACGCUUUUUGACAUCGCGUCGUCUUCUAAAUCGCUUACUGCAGCAGCCGUCGCAUUACUCAUAGAUGACGAUGAAAAGUAUCCCGAGGUGCAGUAUGAAGCGAUCAUGUCACGCUUAUUACCGGAUGACUUCUUGAUGCCCAGUACCGAAUACACAGAGAGCGUUACUGUAGAGGACAUCUUGAGCCACAGAUCUGGCAUGCCCAGGCACGACGAUUCUUAUAUGGGUCCGCACGCAGCUCAUCCAGAUGAUGCACGAUCCGUGACCAGGAAUCUGCGGAAUUUGCCUGUGGCUGCCCCUCUGCGAGUAAAAUAUUUAUACUGUAACAUGAUGUAUACAGCAGCAGCAUAUUUAGUCGAGGCAAAGACUCAGCAAACUUUCUCCAGUUUUCUAGAAGAACGCUUCUUCCAGCCACUCGAUAUGAAAUCAACCAGCGUCCAGCCCGCAAGAGCUCGAGCAAAGGGGCUCGCAGACCGCAUGGCCACUGGAUACUGUUGGAAUGAGGAGAAGUCUACAUAUAAAGGGUUCCCGCCCCCGGAUUGUCCAGAGGGAGAGGGUGCUGGUUCGAUAAUCACCAGCGCGAACGACUUUAUUAAAUGGGCCAAAGCACUACUCUACCACGAAGGCCCUAUCAACAAGAAGGUAUAUGAAGGUCUCGUGCGGUUGCGCAGCCUAGCAAAUCCAGAUGCUCAAGAUUUAGAACCGUUUACAUCUCCAAUUAUAUACGCAGCUGGUAUAGAAGUAUAUUAUUACCGAGGAUAUACGGUUGUGGGUCACGAUGGGAUGAUCUCUGGGUUCACGAGCCUUUUUUUCUUCCUCCCCCAGCUAGGAUUUGGAGCUGUCAUGAUGGGAAAUGCGUUAGGGGCAGAACAUGUUGCUAAUGCUGUGCGCCGAAAGUUAUUCAGCGCAAUACUGAAGGUGCCGGAAGAAGAGCUUGCCAAGAAUGUUUCUUCGGAUAAAAAAGGAGACAAUAAGGAAGAUGAUGGUACUGAGGACAAGGAAAAGGAAGAUGACGAGGUACAGCCCCAGGUAACACCUCUAAGUGCUUAUGUGGGAAAGUACUGGAACCCAGGAUACCACACUAUUACGGUUCAAAUUAAAGACGAGAAGCUCUUCAUCGACGCUACCGACCGCUCUUUUAGAUCUACGAUUACUUUCGAUCACGUAUCAGAUCAGACAAAAUAUACCGCUCGCCUAUGUAGUAUAUAUGAAGAUGGCGACGAACUGCUCAAAGCCGAAUUCGUGUUUGGGGGUGGCCGAGCUAUUAGAUUGGGCAUAGAUUAUCAAGAUAUCUUGAACGAGUUGAUAUGGUUCGAGUUUAUGCCUGAGGAAAAGGCUUGA